AUGUGCGACAAAAUUGAGAGACACACUUUUAAAGUGUUCAACCAGGACUUUACCGUGGAUAAAAGGUUCCAAUUGAUCAAAGAGAUUGGCCAUGGUGCAUACGGUGUGGUUUGCUCUGCGAGGUUCACGGAGGCAGCUGAGGAUACUACAGUAGCGAUCAAGAAAGUGACAAACGUGUUUUCAAAAACUCUUCUUUGUAAGAGAUCGUUACGUGAAUUAAAAUUACUGAGACAUUUUAGAGGUCAUAAGAAUAUUACUUGUCUUUAUGAUAUGGAUAUUGUUUUCUAUCCCGAUGGGACUUUUGCUGGAUUGUAUUUGUACGAAGAAUUAAUGGAAUGUGACAUGCACCAGAUUAUAAAAUCAGAACAACCAUUGACGGAUGCGCAUUACCAGAGUUUUAUCUAUCAGAUUCUUUGUGGACUGAAAUACAUUCAUUCAGCUGAUGUUUUGCAUCGUGAUUUGAAACCGGGGAAUCUGCUUGUGAAUGCCGACUGCCAGCUAAAGAUAUGUGAUUUUGGUUUGGCUAGAGGCUACUCGGAAAAUCCAGUUGAAAAUAAUCAGUUUCUGACGGAAUACGUGGCGACAAGAUGGUACCGUGCUCCCGAAAUCAUGCUGAGUUAUCAAGGUUAUACAAAGGCUAUCGACGUAUGGUCUACGGGGUGUAUUUUAGCCGAGUUUUUAGGUGGGAAACCUAUCUUUAAGGGUAAGGACUACGUGAAUCAGCUGAAUAGAAUUCUGCAGGUUUUGGGUACCCCUCCAGAUGAGACUUUGAAAAGAAUAGGAUCGAAGAACGUUCAGGACUAUAUUCAUCAAUUGGGCUUCAUACCAAAAGUACCUUUUGUAGAUAUUUUCCCACAGGCCAAUCCCGAGGCUCUUGAUCUAUUGGAGCGUAUGCUAGCAUUCGAUCCUUCAAGAAGGAUAACCGUGAAUGAGGCAAUAAAGCACCCAUAUUUAUCGAUAUGGCAUGAUCCCGCUGAUGAGCCUGUGUGCAGUGAAAAGUUCGAGUUUAGCUUUGAGAGUGUGAACGAAAUGGAGGAACUCAAACAGAUGGUGAUACAGGAAGUUCAAGAUUUUAGGAGUUUUGUGAGGCAGCCACUCUUAGAAGAACAAGAACGGCAGCAGCAGGAAAAACUACAACAAUCACCACAAGAUCACCAAUUCUUGCAACAACAACAAGGCGCAGCCGAUCAACAAGCUUCGAAAGAGAGCGAACUUGCUAGUCAAAUGGUCUCCAUGCAGCCCAAUGGAGGUUAUGCACAAUUGCAGGAUUCGUUUGUGGGCAUUGAUGCACGCGAUCUGCCCCGUCAUGAUUCUGAUUCUCCCCCAAGGCCUCAAGAGAAUUUGCUAGCCUCACCCAUUGCAUUGAAAUCGAACUCAGACGGUACUAUUCCUUCGGCAACGCAAACUGGCUACGCUGAAUUUUUAGAUUUGGAAAAGGAACUGGAGUUUGGGCUUGAUCGAAAAUUCGCUUAA